AGAGGUCUCUUUACAAUUUUAGCCUCUCUUCUCUUCAGUUCUGAACUAUGAACACUUACAACUUCUAGACCUCUCUCUGCUCUCUACAAAUAUAUUCUCAGCUCUUAUCUGAAAGUACUUCUUUUGAAUUGCAUCUCUUCUUUCUCUGUGUCGACCCUAAACAUGGAGGCCGACCACAGAGAUGGAUUUUCCUUGACCUUGCCUCUUAUGUCUGAAGAUAAGCAUAAUGGACUAAGUAGCAAGCUAGAAGAAGUUGAGUCUAACCAUCCUCAGGCCACUACAACAAGCUCCACCUCUUUCUUCAAAACCUGUUUCAAUGGAUUAAAUGCUUUAUCAGGAGUUGGAAUACUCUCAAUCCCAUAUGCACUAGCAACUGGAGGAUGGUUAAGCUUGAUACUGUUCUUUACUAUAGCUACGGCAGCCCUCUACUCGGGCUUGUUGAUUAAAAGAUGUAUGGAAUUUGAUUCCGAUAUCAGAACUUACCCUGACAUUGGAGAGAGAGCAUUUGGAGACAAAGGAAGAAUGAUAGUCUCCAUUGUUAUGUUCACUGAGCUCUACUUAGUUUCUGCAGGUUUCUUAAUUCUAGAAGGUGAUAACUUGUACAACCUCUUUCCUGGAGAUGGUUUUGAAAUAGCAGGGUUAACAAUUGGUGGGAAACAGUCUUUUGUACUGAUUGUUGCUCUUGUUAUCUUACCAACUGUAUGGUUAGAAAAUUUGAGUCUUCUUUCUUAUGUCUCGGCGAGUGGGGUGCUAGCCUCUGCUAUCAUCCUCUUCUCCAUUGUGUGGACUGGCGCGUUCGAUGGAGUCGGGUUUCAUCAAGAGGGAACACUGAUUAAUUGGAAUGGAAUCCCUACUGCUAUGAGCUUGUACGCCUUCUGUUAUUGUGCUCAUCCAGUUUUCCCAUCUCUCUAUACUUCCAUGAAGAACAAACACCAGUUCUCUAAUGUCUUGAUUCUCUGUUUUGUUAUAUGCACGGUUGGUUAUGCUUCCAUGGCAGUAUUUGGGUACUUAAUGUUCGGGUCAGGAGUACAAUCACAGAUCACUUUGGAUCUUCCAACAGGGAAACUCAGCUCAAGGAUAGCCAUAUACACAACUUUGGUGAAUCCCAUUGCCAAAUAUGCUCUAAUGGUGACACCUAUAAUUGAUGCAGUCAAAAAUGGCUUUCCAUGUUUCCUCAACAAAAGAUUCUUUGGUCUAAUUAUUGGCAUCGCUUUGGUGAUCAGCAGUGUCAUAGUAGCCCUUCUUGUGCCAUUUUUCGCGUCCCUCAUGUCAUUAGUCGGAGCAUUUUUGAGUGUGACAGCUUCUAUCAUUAUUCCCUGUUUAUGCUACUUGAAGAUUUCUGGUAUUUACCGGACAUUUAAUAGUGAAAUGGUUCUUGUAGCGAUUACAAUAUUAAUGGGGGUUGCUGUUACCAUAAUCGGUACUUACACAUCUGUUCUAGAUAUAUUAGUGAAUCUGAAAAUGUAAAGGUUUGUCUUAGUACAAGGUAUUUUUCGAUGUAGAAAUUGAGACUUUUCCUCUGUCAAUUAUUGUUUUAUUUGACUAAGCAAAUAAUACUUCGCAUUUUUGUAAUAGCUAUCUUUAGUGAUUGUUCAUAUGAGUUUUAUUUGUCGAUGUAGAAAUCGAGACUUUUCCUGU